CAUAAGUCAUGUUGCGCAUGCGCGGCUUCUCUUCCACGCUUUUCUCUGCUCUCUGAAGAAAACAAUCGAGCACUGUCUGAAUUUACACUGGACAUUUCUUGUAAGGGAAGAUGGGACGUUCCUCUAAGGACAAACGGGACAUUUACUACCGCUUGGCCAAGGAGGAAGGCUGGCGAGCCCGCAGUGCCUUCAAACUUCUCCAACUGGAUGAAGAAUAUCAUUUGUUUCAAGGUGUCUCAAGGGCUGUGGAUCUUUGUGCUGCUCCUGGGAGCUGGAGCCAAGUUUUGAGCCGAAAACUGAAAGGAGAAGGUGCUAAAAAUGCAGAUGUCAAAAUAGUGGCUGUAGAUUUGCAAGCCAUGGCUCCCUUGUCUGGAGUUAUUCAAAUUCAGGGGGACAUUACCAAGGUCUCUACAGCAGAAGAGAUAAUCCAUCAUUUUGAAGGGCAACCUGCUGACUUGGUGGUGUGUGAUGGAGCUCCUGAUGUGACAGGGCUGCAUGACAUUGAUGAAUACAUUCAGGCCCAGCUGCUGCUUGCCGCCCUGAACAUCACUACACAUGUACUAAAAAAGGGAGGAGCUUUUGUGGCAAAGAUUUUCCGAGGGAAGGAUGUCACACUCCUCUAUUCCCAGCUGCGGAUUUUCUUCCCUGAUGUUACAUGUGCCAAACCCCGAAGCAGCCGUAACUCCAGCAUUGAAGCGUUUGUCGUUUGCCGAAACUAUAACCCACCGGAAGGCUAUGUGCCAAACAUGUCCAACCCACUGUUGGAUCACUGUUAUGAUGUGGAUUUUAAUCAGUUGGAGGGUCCUAAUCGGGUCAUUGUCCCCUUCCUGGCUUGCGGAGACCUGAGUGCUUACGACUCCGACCGGACGUACCCCCUACAGCUGGAUCCUGAGAAAGAAUAUACCUACACACCUCCCACUCAGCCCCCCAUCCGGCCUCCCUAUGAAGAAGCCUGCUUUUUAAAGAAGCACAAUCUUCUCACUAAAGAGUCAAUGCCCCAGCCUCAGCAGCAGGUUGCCUCCCAUGAGCGUCCACAGCAGGAAGAACAGGAGCCAGGAGGCUUAGAGGCUGAAGUCAUAGAUGCCCUGGAAGAGUUGUCCACGUGACACAUGUGUGCCUGCAUCCCGCCAUCUAUCAUUUUGAAAAACUUUUCAUUUAAUCCUUCUUGAUUAUCUGAAUCUAGAACUUGU